GUUGUAACAUGAAACUCAACUUGGACUACCUUUUGGAGAGAAUGUGGCAAGAGCUGUCUCUUCUACGUAUAUACACAAAGAAACCUGGGAGAGCUCCGGAUUUUUCUGAUCCCAUUAUUCUUCGUGGAGGGGCUACAGUAGAGCACGUCUGCCACUCCAUUCAUCGAUCUAUUGUAGCUGUCUUCAAAUAUGCAUUAGUCUGGUUGCUGGUGUUUGUCGAUUCUGAAGAGAGUGGAAAGAGAUGCUGUGGCCCUACUGGGCUGAGGUGGAUGGGCAUUGAUUGUCAGCUGAGGUGGAUGGUUUUUGAUUGUCGAUUAAAGUGGAUGGUUGAGGCUCUGGCUCUGAAGUUUAUGGUUUUACUGGAGAAUGAAUAAAUUCUGUAAUACAUCUCUGGUCUCUGUUACCUUUCAGUACUUUAUACUAUUGAUGGUAAGGCAUCAUCAGCUGCUCUAAAACCCAUUUCAGAGCAGUGCUUCUAGAUUUGUCAGGGUCCUCUUCAGUAAAAAAGUGUGCUAAUUAUAGUAGCAAAUUGGAACUGCUCACAGUUGUAAUGUUAACUGCUUUUCUUCAGGU